AUGAUCGCAGCAGCAGCGAUGGCUCAGUUCGGAGGAAUGCGAGGCGGACGCGGCGCUGGCGGUCGAGGACGCGGCGGACCUCCACGAGGUGGUGCUUACGGUGGAGGUGGCGGCGGGGGACCUAUGGGUUACGGUCCUCCGAUGGGAAUGGGAGACUUUAACGGAGUUGGUCCUGCCUAUGCAUUCCAAACUUUUCUCGAAAUUUAUAGAUGGGCGGUGGCUACGAUGAUUAUGGUUACGGCGGCGGCGGCUUCAACCAAGGCCCUGGCGGUUACGGCGCCUUUGGAGGCGGCUAUGGAGGCCCCGACAUGUCGAGUCCAUUGGACGCUGAGAUUCAAGUGAAUUUAUUUUCCUUUACUUUUGACUCACCAGAAAAAAAUAAAUUAGAUAGACACGAACUUGCAGAGGGGUUUUCUUUUAUGAAAAAGAAAAAGGAGCGUUUCGAAGUGAAUUUUUUUCUGAUUUUAAAAUUGGAUUGUUGUUAUUAUUAGCUUUCCUUUUUCUCAACCAAAUGUUUUUCUUUUCAGGUGGUUCUUCGCGAGAUACACUCUGAAAUCCAAUUGUUCGAAACUUCCGGCGAGUACGGAGAACAGUUCCGCAACGCUCGACGUCUUCUUACGGCCGGUACGCUGACUUCUGAGAGACGGAGACUUUUAAAAAAAGAAAAAUGCGAAAUAUACAAUAUAAUAGAACCUAAUAACCUAAGAUGUAAUGAACCAAUUUUUAGGGGCAAGCUUAUCAUUAAAUUUAAAUGAAAAUAUAGUAAUUUAGAUAAAUCUAAAAAAAGUGUAUCAAUUAACUUGCUGGGCUGUUGAAGCGUAGAGAAAGUUCUGAAAUAAAAAAACUUCUGAAGUGUUUUUUAUGAAAAAUUCUCAUGAAAAUUUUCGAUGCUGCUCCUAACGCCCCAGCAAAUUUUUUUUGGUUACGCUUUUAGAAUAUUAAAAAAAUCGUAGCAAAAUAGAAAAUAUCUAAUGAUGAUUAUCUCCCAUGAAAAAUAAUUAAAAAAAGAAAAAAAAAAUGAAUUAAGGUAGCUAAUGAAUUUCUGAAAUUGUUUUAUAAUAAUCUUCAUCAUUUUGCAGCAGUUAGAGGGCAUUGAGGAAUUCGUUUGAGCUCAUUAAGGGCUCAAAUAUUUCUCAGCUUUGCAUGUCAGAGAGUUCCUCGGUGCCCAGGUAGCGCCAUUAAUGAAAGCGGAAACGAUUUAGAAAAGGACCGUCUCGAAAAUUCGAUCGACCCUGAAUGGAUUGAAGUAGACAUUCCGAAGCCAAUCAAAGUCACCAAGAAAGUGCUGAUUCCAAAUUACCGUCACCCAAAUGUGAGAUAUUUGUCUGAUUUCUACUUUCAUCAUCAUAGGGCCAAUCUCAUUAUAGGUAGUUUACUUGAUAGAGUAGAAUAAAAAUAAACAAACGAUAAGAAAUGUAGCAGAUUGAAUUUUCUAUUAUUUUAAAAAAAUGAGAUUGGCCUUGAAAUAUUCAGGAAAUGUGAGGGCUUGUCGCGCGUGUUUAAAAAAUAUAAAUCAUAUGAAAAAAAAAAUUUUAAAUCAAAAUUGAAGUUUUUUUUCCCACCAUAUUCUCGUUAAAAAUAUAUCAAGAAAAAUCAAGAAAGUUAUUCAAAAUGAACGGAAAAAACGUGACUGGCUCAAUAUAAACUUGAAAAAUUUUUUUAAAUAAAAUGGAAAUGAUAUAAAUUGAAGUUAAAAAAACACUAUAAAUUUUAAAAAUUCAUCAAUCAAAACUAAAAAUUUAAAAACAAGGAAAAAAAUUAUCAAGUUUAUCAAAGAAAAAAGAUGAAUCGCGCCCGAACGGUAAGUCCUUUUCAAAUUUCCUUCAGUUUUCGUUUUUAUCACUGUCUCCACAUGUGCUGUGUAAUUGAUCUUUUGAUUUCUUGGAAAUUUGCAUUUACUGUAGGGAAUGAAUUGUUCGUUUUGUAGUUCAACUUCGUGGGCAAAGUGCUCGGACAGAAGGGCGCGACUCUGCAGACGAUGGCCAAACAGCACAAAUGCCACAUUUUCGUGCUGGGACGCGGAUCGACGAAAGACAGACAAAAGGAGACUGAGCUUUUCGAGACGGGAGACCCGCAAUAUGCUCAUUACGGCGGACCUCUUCAUGUCAAGGUGUCAUCUGAAUUUAAAUAAGUGUUUUAAUUGUAUUUUGACAGGUGGAAACUGUGGCGCCCGCCAAUGUUGCUUAUGCGCGAGUCUCGUCAGUACUGGAAGAACUUAGCCGAAUUUUGCAACCGGUUCGGUUUCUUUCAACUUGUCAACUGAAAUAUAGAGGCUCAUAAAAUUGAAUUUUCUUGAAGUUUGAGAUUAGGAGCCACAACAAGAAAACACUAACUUUUUUUUUUUGAAGUUUGAAGGCGAUUACUCUGUUUUCAGAUUCGAGAAGAUACUACGCCCAAGGAUGCGCUCACCAAUGACAGCGGAAACGGCUCAAGUAAUUCUCGCAAAGUCCCAGUAGAUUCUCAACAAAUGACUUUUGAGGCAACGGUAACAAAGAAGGCGAAUCUCCGUCGUCACGAGGCGACUUUGGGGGUCGAGGUCGGGGACCUUCGCGUGGAUCAGGCGGACCUAUGCGUGGAGGCAGAGGAGGCGGACGCGGGUUCCAAGGAGGUCCUGGCGGUCCAGGAUUCGGCGGUCGAGGCGGCGCUGCAGGGUUUCUUUUUUGUCUAUCUAUAGUCUGACACGUAAAGUAACAGAUCGAAAUAGUCUGUCAAAGUUUUCUUUAUAAAAUCAAUCAAACGGAGCAUAACUACCCCAUUUUCAAUCGGGACUUGAUACACACUCCAAACUUAAAUUUGUUUUUCUUCCAUCGUUUUACCAAAAUAAUCUUUCAGGUACCGCCCUUAUUGA